ACAAGACGCACUUUAUUACUGCGUGUUUCCAAAAGAUAAUUCCCUUUUCAAGUUUACUACUCGAUCAGCUAAUCGGAAACCCAUACGAUUCCAAUGUCGGAAGGGCAGCCAGCUGACGUGGCAUCUAAUCCACCCAUGGAGAUGCUAGACUCACAUAUGCUUUCCUUUGACAUAGAACACCCACUCUCACCUAUGCUACAGCAGCAGCCGCCUCAUGAAACCCUUCCUACCAUCAGGUCAUUUCUCACCCAGAUGUUUUCGAUGGUGCGGCAAGCCAAUGAGAACACUCGUGGGUUUCUGCUUCUAGGCAUUAAUGGCGUUGUAUUUCAUCAAUUGACAUCGGUGACCUCUUAUGUUUUUGAUGAGAAGAGGAAGUUACUCAACUUUGGGGAAGCUUUUAAUAUGUCCCUUCCACCGAUGGUCCAUAUCAGCAUGAUUGUUUGGAGUUUCGCGCUGAAUUAUCUCCUCCUAUUCCGACUUAACCCUGGAAUACAAUGUAUUCUUCUACUCGUGACCAUAUUAAUGCAGUGGUAUUAUUUUGCUGAACUAGCUCGUAGAGCCGCUGGUAUUGCUGUUGACUUAGGUUCGUACAAGAUGCCCCUCCUAUGGUUUUCUUUUUUCGGGGGCAUCGGCAUGGCGCUGUUUUGUGGUUCAACGGUACUGCUGAUAGUCUUUUUAUCAUGGCUAUUUGCAAGAAGAAGAGGACUGCAAUUCCAAGGAAUAAGGGUGAAUGGGGAUUCCAUAAUAGGGGCUAUGAAUGCGUGA